AUGACUGAAAAAGAUCUCUCCUGUCCUAUCUGCUACGACAUCUAUAGAGACCCUGUCGUCCUCUCAUGCAGCCACAGCUUUUGUAAAGACUGUCUGCAGCUGUGGUGGAGAGAGAUAAAAAUAAAAUCCUGCCCAAUAUGCAAGACGAUUCCUUUACUGAACGAUCCGCCCUGUAACUUGGUGUUAAAGAACCUCUGUGAGGCCUUCUUAAUGAAGAGAGUUCAAAAACCUUCACAGUCGGAGUCUCUCUGCAGUCUGCACUCUGAGAAACUCAAACUCUUCUGCCUGCACGAUCAACAGCCAGCAUGUCUCAUCUGUCGAGAUUCAAAAGUGCACAACAGUCACGGAUUCAGACCCAUUGAUGAAGCAGCACAGGAUUACAGGAAGGAGCUCCAGGAAUUAUUGAAGCCCUUACAGAAGAAACUGGAACUAUUUGAACAGGUUAAAGAAAAUUACAGUCAGACAGAACUCCAAAGUAAGAUCCAGGCUUUUUACACAGAAUGGCAGAUUAAAAAGCAGUUUAAGAAACUUCACACGUUUCUAAAAAAGGAAGAGGAGGCCAGGCUGGCUGCUCUGAGGGCCGAGAAGAAGCAGAAAUGCAAGAUAAUAAAGGAAAAGAUUGGGGCCCUGAGCAGAGAGAUAGAAACUCUUUCAGAAACAAUCAGAGCCACAGAGGAGGAACUGAGAGCUGAAGAUGUCUCAUUUCUGCACAACUACAAUGCUGCACUGAAAAGAAUCCAGCAGCGCCCCCUGCUGGAGGAUCCACAGCUGGUCUCUGGAGCUCUGAUAGAUGUGGCCAAACACCUGGGCAACCUGACCUACAACAUCUGGAACAGAAUGGGGGAGAUGGUCUCCUACACUCCGGUGAUUCUGGAUCCAAACUCAGCUCAUCCACAACUCAUCCUGUCUGAAGAUCUGACCAGUGUGAGUGUGGGACUGAGAAAGCAGCUUCCUGACAACCCAGAGAGGAUAGAAAACUAUUUUGUCAUCCUGGGCUCUGAGGGCUUCGACUCGGGGAUUAACAGCUGGGAUGUUGAGCUCCUCCAUGUUGUGCAAGGGCAAAUCCAGAGGCAGUACCCCAGCAUCUACCGAUUCAUUGCAGCAGGGAUGGCGGUUGGUUCUGACCUCCUCACGGAGUUCGUUAACUGCUCUCGUCAG